AUGUGCAAGUUCGCCCUGGAGGUGUAUUUGUUUGGGAAGACUAUGGAUAGGUACCAGAGCUGGCAGCAGAGCUGUUUGAACGCCAUCCUCCUGGUGCUGCUGUGGACCCACAUUUCCCGCGCGCAAAGGGACUGCACGGGCGCGGAGUGCCAGCCCCUGGACAACUGCAUCGAGGACGUGCUGGAGCCCGGGGAGUGCUGUGCCACGUGUCUGCAGCACGGCUGCACGUGCGAAGGCUACCAGUACUACGACUGCGUCAACGUGGGCUUUAUCAACGGCAAAGUACCCGAAGGGCAGUCUUACUUUGUGGACUUUGGAAGCACUGAGUGCUCGUGCCCCAAGGGAGGAGGCAAGAUCAGCUGCCAGUUCAUGCUGUGCCCAGAGCUGCCCCCAAACUGCAUUGAUGCGGUGGUGCCAGCUGACGGGUGUCCUCAGUGUGGGAGAAUAGGUUGCCUCCACGAGGGCCAGAAGUACGUAGCAGGGCACACCUUCCACAUGCCCCCCUGCAAGGUUUGCCAUUGCCCCAACGCUGGUGGUGAGCUGAUGUGCUACCAGCUCCCAGACUGUAACACCUUCGCCUUGAACACUGCAAAUCCAAUAGAUGCUGAAGAUAAUGAACCAGAGAGGCACUAUGACGAUCCCUACAGCUAUGACCAGGAGGCACCAGAAGGAGACAACACCCAGGUGGAGUCUCCAAAAAAGUACAGGAGUUAUUCUUCCCACCUAGAGCAAGAGAGCAUCAGCCAAGAGCAAAGUGAGGAUUAUGACUACCUCCCAGCCAGCGUUGGUCCUUCAGCCUUGGCUCUGACUGAUCCGUACACCGAGGAAACGGCUGCACCACUCACCACACCAGUGCCUAAGAUCCCCUCUGAAGUUCGCAGUGCCACAGAAAGAAGUGAGCGAAAGAGAGUGCCCCGCACCACUGCAGCAUCCCUCCAGCAAGCGACACAUAAGGAAGCACCAGUGAGCACCACUGCUCCUCCGGAGCACACGACAGCCACCACUGAGGCAGCCAGGCACCUGGAGGAACUGGAGAGGAGACCAAGGGGGAAACAAGGGGACAAAGAGAGGCAUGAGCAAGAAAGAGCCCCCCACUCUAAAAUGAAAAAGCAUGCCAGAAAAGAAGACCCAGGGAACAGCCUGCCUCUAGACUUGAAAGAGGUGAAUUUAACAGAGCUAAGUUGGUCAAAACCUUCCCAUGAAAGGCAUGAGGGAAAUGCUUUCCCCAAGGUAAAGUUCAGUGCAACAACUUCUCCUCCUGUGGCUCUCAAGGAAGAUCGUAGUCGGUCAUCCCAAAAACAGUCACAGACGCUUUAUCGUUACCAUCCUGAGGAAGACGGGGACCCCAACUCCAUUCAUGCUAACCCCAGGUUACCAGAAGGUUCCACAAAGGAAUUGAUUGAAAGCUGCUGUGGAGCUGGACAACAGUGGGCUAUAGACAAUGGGGAGUGCACGGAAAUCCCUGUAAGUGGAAUGGAUGGUGAUAUUUGCAGAAUUGCUCAGAAGCAGUGUUGCGUCUCCACCGUGAAGGAGAACAGCUGCCUGGCCGGCAUGAUUGCUGCGAAGGAAGGAGAUGCGUGCGGACCAGAGGAAAGCGAUCCCUGUGGAGGAUCACCAUAUAAA